AUGAAUGCUGCAACUACCCUUACAGCUAUAGCUACAGCUACCGCUACAGCUCCAGCUACAACGUCAGAAGAGCCCACUCGAACCACUGGACCAAAACCCUCAAAAACGUGGCACCAUAGCCCAAGGACCUCACCUGGACCCUCCCCUGAUGUAAGAGCUCGAAACAAGAGCCUCUCAAUUAUACCAAUAUCUCUCCCUCCUCCUAGCGUCAUGGGCGCUCCUUUGGUAUCCCCCAGUUUACAGUCAGCACCAGCACCGCAGCCGCAGAAAGCAAGCUUGAUGCGAAGAGUAUCAAAAAAGCUUCGGAGAAGGACAUCUAACCAUGCGCACGACCAAGAUGAACGAAGCGGACCCCUGAUUAUGAGACAUCGCAGCGACAGCUUCACCGGAAUAGGAGGGGGCGCCGGAGAGCUGGGGCGCAUGGGAAUUCAGGACGACAUUAAUUUUGACGACGAAGAUGAGAAUGCAGUAAUGUUUGAGGCGUUGGACGGGAAUGAUGGCGAUUCUUCUACUGCAGGCAGAGAGAGAAGUGGAUCUGUUAUGGCCGUUCAACAGAGUAUUAUGGAGGGCGUUUUGGUUCCGGAGGUGCUACAGCAUGGGAUUUCUUUAACGCGGGUGACUAGAAAAAAGAGAAUCUCGAGAAUAUUCACGCUCGAUGUGACAAGUGCACGGGUUUCAUGGGAUCCUACAAAGCAGUCAUCAAGAUUCUACGUCGAUGAUAUAAAGGAGAUACGGAUGGGGCAUGACGCAAGGAAUUAUCGCGAAGAGUUUCUGAUUCCCCUGGAGAUGGAGGACCGCUGGGCGACUAUCAUCUAUGCCGAGCCGGAAUUGGAUGGAAAAUUAAAGACACUUCACAUUAUUGCACCAACCGUUGAUAUCUUCAAGUUGUGGACCACAACUUUGGAGAAGAUCCUUCGAUAUAGGACUGAGUUGAUGGCGGGCUUGGCUAUGCAAGGAGAGAAGUUUGUUGACGCUCAUUGGAGAAAUUACAUGGCUACUCGAAACACUAUUACGCCACCACAAUCUCCAAAGGUCGAAAGACUCUUAUUCGAGGAUGUUGAACGCCUUUGCCGACGUCUACAUAUAAAUUGCUCCCGCCAGUUUCUUAAAGAUCGUUUUAAGCGUGCAGACAAAGACAACUCAGGAUAUCUGAACUUCCCCGAGUUCCAGAAAUUUGUGCAACUAUUGAAAGAGCGAGAGGAGAUAAAAGAUAUUUGGAAAAAUGUUGUAUUCGACAUGGAGUCGGGAAUGACCAAAUCUGAAUUCAAGGCUUUCUUGAGGGACGUCCAAAAGGUUGAUGUCGUUGCCGAUAAAGCUUAUGUUGAUAAGGUCUUCCGCAAAUUCUGCCGGAAGUCCGCACAGCAUCAACGUGCACACUCGGAGAACUUCACCGGAAUAGUUCGUUCAGCGACGGGUCACAUUAGGGAUCAUUCGGAGGAUGCACGCAUGUCAAUAUCUGCUUUCUCUGACUUUCUAUUAUCAAGCUCUUACAACCCCCCACUCCUUACAUCGACACCACCUGAGAACCUUGUCCUUGAUCGACCUUUGAACGAAUAUUUCAUCUCGAGCUCCCACAACACAUAUCUCCUGGGACGUCAAGUCGCAGGCGAAUCCUCAAUCGAAGGUUAUAUUCGGACCUUGCAGCAUGGGUGUCGUUGUGUUGAGAUAGACUGCUGGGAUGGAGAUGAUGGGCGUCCAAUCGUUACACACGGCCACACAGGUACCUCCGAGGUUUACUUUACGGACGUUGUCGCAGCUAUUGGGAAAUACGCUUUUUUGGCCUCGCCAUAUCCUUUGAUACUCUCGCUCGAAGUCCAUUGCAGCUUGGGACAGCAGAUCGUCAUGGCAAACAUCCUUCGGAACGUGUUGGGCGAAAAACUCAUUUUAGAGCCUUUUAUCACAAACUCAUUUAUCCUGCCGAGUCCACAAGACUUGAAACACAAGAUUCUGGUAAAGGUUAAAGGAAGUAUUAGGCAAGAAUCAGCAUUACUCAAAGAGGAUUUCAUUGCGAUGGCAAAUCGUUCCGCCGGAAGUCUUUCUAGCUCCCCGACUAAACAGUGGAUUUCUGGGAAGGGCGUUGCUUCCAGUGCAAGCAGCAGCGGAACAAGUGCUUCAGACGAUUCAGACAAUCCGGAUGGGUCUAAGAAUAAGCAGAGAAGGCCGUCGGCUAAAAUAGCGCCUGAGCUGGGGGCUCUGGGAGUUUAUUGUAGGGGACAGAAAUUUGUGAACUUUUCACUUCCUGAGAGUAAAACCUUUAACCAUGUUUUUUCGUUCCAAGAGAAGAGAUUUGAAAAGUUUUGCAAGGACUCGGAGAAAAAGUGGCAACUUGAAAAACACAAUGUUCGCUAUUUGAUGCGUCUUUACCCUUCAGGCUUCCGUGUCAACUCUUCAAACUUUGAUCCCAGCGGCUUCUGGCGUCGGGGCGUGCAAAUGGUUGCUCUCAACUGGCAGACCUAUGAUCUCGGGCUUCAAAUCAAUGAAGCUAUGUUUGCAGCCGGGGAUGACAGGACUGGUUACGUUUUGAAGCCAAAAGAACUCCGUGGCUCGAGAUCCACAUUUGAUCCACCUGCCGAUGCUGCUGCAGCUAAGACGAAAAAGGAUAAAAAGCUGGUUAAAUUCUCGAUUGAAGUUAUUUCAGCACAGCAAUUGCCAAGGCCAAAGGACCACAAAGCCGACGAAGGAAUAGAUCCAUUUGUUGUCGUCGAAGUCUUUACCGCUGAUGACAAGGAGAAAGGUUCAUCAACAGGCGAAGGAGGAAUUGACGCAAGCGAGACGAAAGGCAUGAGUGGGCUCGGUGCACCCCAGAAGAGGCGUACAAAAGUCGUGAAAGAUGAUGGAUUUCACCCGACAUUUAAGGAGAAGAUGUCAUUUUCUGUCAUCACAAAGUUUGAGACUUUAGUCUUUGUUCGGUUCUCGGUGUACAACGCCGGAAACUCGGACUCAAGCGAUCGCACUUUAAUUGCCACAUACACGGCUAAGCUCAUUUCACUUCAACAAGGAUAUCGUCAUCUCCCGCUUUAUGAUCUCCAGGGUGAACAAUUCCUUUUCUCAACGCUCUUUGUAAAGGUCGAUGUUAGUCCUAUCACAAUUGUCGAUAGAGAAGUCCCUGUUCGAGCCUCUACGAUGGACACAAUAAAGUCGGCUCUGAGUAGGGGAUUUUCUUCGGAAAGGCGCUCAGUCAAGCACAAACAUUCCCAGUCGCAAUCGCAGUCUCAAUCACAACCACUACCAAAAUACCAUAACAAAGAUGACCAAAAUGGCGGGACCAGUCCGGUGCAGAUCACAACAAGAAAGACGAAAUAG